GAGGAUGAGACGUCAUAGUAAUCUUUUGACGGCGUUGCGCAAAUUGUAAUUUUCGACUCUCACUUAUCGUGGCUGCCAUGUUUUUUUUCAUGCGGGGUGUGUGUGUAUAGAAAUUAUCAUGAUAAUUUCCCCACAUAAAUUACUACGGAAGUAAGGGGUGCACGAAGUGCGUCAUUCGUUGAUCGCUAGUGACAAUGCGAUUGUACAAACUUUAUUAAACGUGACCGCUUGUACAUAACUCCAAACUAGCAAAGAAAAAGGCCAAAGACAUAAGCAUGUAUUAAGAGGAAGGCGGCAAUUUGAGGAUCGAUACUAUAACACGGCCAACGGCGAUUGAAUAAUGGACACUCGAUUUCUGAGCACGAUGAUUGAAUUUUAUGGCGAGUUAUAUUACUUUGGGCAGAAUGCGUAAAAACAAGAGAGGAAGCCAGGCCCACGCCGGCUGGCCUGCGACAUCAAAGGAACUUCACCUCAUCCCGCUCCCCAUCUGAUAUACACAGACUCUACCGAGGAUAUGCAGUGCUCAGUAAUUCUGGAAAGAGGCUGUAACAGUAAAAUGAAGACGUUAAACAGUUUUAAGAGCCCUUACACAAAGGAGUCCAGUCUUGACAACAUUGUUGAUCAACUGUGCACAAGACUUCAAGACAUCAAGGACCAAGAGAGCACAACUCUCUUAGGAAUGCCAACUUGUUCCUUAGAGCAAACUGAGGCUGUUCGUCGAUACUACGCUGCAUUCCCGGCUCUGAAGAAAGCGCAAGAGUCGCCAUUGCAGUACUAUUUGCCGCCGCCAGCUUGGUGUCGUAAGAACGACACAAAGGUCAAAAUGCAGAGUGAAUUGGCAAUUGCGCAGGAUUGGAAUUGCAAAAAUAAAAAGUUUUCAUUGGGCAAAGAGCGGCGCAACUCAUAUCACGGUCAAAAGAAGAACAGCAGAAAACGUUACAAUAGUUACAGCCGAUCUUUCGAGAGCAAAGAGAACAUGCCGGAGUGGAUGACGCACGAAGGGGUUUGGGACAUUGAGACACAGGACCCCGUCAAGGAGUUCAUUCGGGCCAUCGCCUUCGACGAGGGCUACGCCACUUGCGAGAACACCGUCACCGACGAGAUCAAGGAGAUCAGCCAAGCCAAGUUUCGCUCCAACGACAACAUGGUGCCGGACUGGGACGACAGCCUGGACCUCGACGCCCACUGGGUCAUCGCCGAAGACCCGACCCCGAGGGCGAGGAGUCCGAUGGACGAGGAACUCUACGCGAAAUUCGAGGCCAAGUUCGAUCGCAGCAUCGAGGCUCUAUGGUCGAAAGAUCAAAACACUCCGGACGAUGAGUAUCAAGAUCUGCCGAUCGACUUCCAAGACCUCCUGUCGUCGCCCUCCGACCGCCUCUUCGCCGAACCGUCCGCCGACAAGAGAAGCCUGCUGACCGAGAGCAUCUGGUCCACGAACUUCCCGGUCGCCCGGCCGCAGAGGACCGAAUCCCCCUCGAAGAUAGCCGAAGGCCUGCACGAUCGCCUCCGCCCGUUGAACAUAAGGGAGCCGGAGUGCCCCCGCGAGUUGGAAUCGUUCAGCCUCUACGAGGGCGAGGAGCUCUACGACGCUCUGUCGACGGUCGCCGAGACGAUGCGCUCCUUCGCCGCGAUCAACCACAGCCGCGACAACAGCGGAUUCGUCGAGGUGCCCCCGCGGCCUCGCAGAGACCGUCUCGCCCCCGUCCACCGGCCCCCUCCGGCGCCCCGACCCCGGCCCCCGCCGGACAUCGACCGCGAGGAUCCGCUCACUUUCUCGCGCACUCACUUCCGCCCGAUACGCCGCGAGCUGAAGACGGAGGCGCCCCGCUACGCCGACGGCGACACCUUCGACAUCUGCGGCGACUACGACGCGGUCGAGUUCGAGCGCAGCCCGUCCGGCGGCGUCUACCUCGAGGGCUCGCGCGAGCGCUACCUCGAGUAUCGCAUGCCGAACGCGAUCGACUACGGCCGGCUCAACCUCACCGAGGCGCAGCGCUGCCCGGACCUGGAGGACACGAGAUUCAAGCUGCGGUUCCCGGUGCGGCAGACGGACGCGGCGGUGCAGACGGAGCGCGGCGACGCGUGGGCGUGCGACGAGUGCGGCGGCUCGGCCAAGAAGAUGAGGCCCAGCGGGAUCGAGAGCAUCUGGAGCGAGGCGCGCGUGUGCGAGUGCGCCGUGGAGCCGGGCCCGAGCGGCGCGUCCGUCCCGCCGGACGAGCUGUCGCGGGACUGGGAGGAGCUGCUCUCCGACAUCAGCGCCGCGCACCGGAUGUACGCGGGCGACGCGGACAACGAGCCGGGCGUCGCCGAGGACAACGCGGUCGGCUCGGACCGGAAGCGACGUCACUCGGCCGCGCUGCGCUGCGGGGGAGGCGCCUCGUGCAACCACCCUCACGCCCGCUUCCUCCACUGUUGCGAACCGGCCCUGGACCGCCCUCUCACCCGGUAGGGCUUUGCCGCCUCAAUGAUGACUGUAGCGAACUUCCAGUCGGCCGCGCUUCUGUAAGGAUCUGAAAAUGUCAUUUGUGUUUAGCGAGGUUUCGCUACAGUUCUUGGCCAACUUGUCGAUGAACUAAUAUCGCUUUACGACGGUAGAGAUUUUUUCUAUAUUUUGUUUUGUUUUAAAUAUACAUUACGAUAGGUUGGCAACCCAUCAUUGACAGCCGCGUUGCGAUCUAAUGGAUUCCGUUCGGCGUGAACGCCUAUACUGUGACUGUUAAUUUUUACGACGCGAACUCGAAAGGCAUUUAAUCGGGAAAUUAAUGAACUAAUAAUGAAAAAAUGAAUCGUCCCAGUAUAUGGUCGCGCCACACCUAGUUAGGAGACGCCGCUCGGGCAGGAUAACUACGUGUGAUCUGCGGAAAAGGCCUUCGGAGAGACCGCAACCGUAUAUAUCGUGUCGAGGCGGCCUCUAUCGAACUUUUCGCGUUCUAUGUAUCAAUUGCCCGCGUUGUUUUGAUAAAUUCGACAAAUAAUCCUAGAGAUACGAAAGCGCUAGGAUAAAGAUAACGCGAUGAGCUUUAGAAGCCUUUAAAAUAUUUCGUGAGGCGGUUAAAAUAGCAAUAGUCGUAGUGUAAAAA